AUUGAAUAGUCAUAUAAUUUGAUGAUUACUUUGCCAUCAAUUUCAAGUCAUUCUCCAAGACAUGGAAGUGAUUGCCACUAAUCAUUAGUGCAUUCAGUCAUAUAUUCUGCAAAUUAUUUAUUAUAUUUUCUGUGAAUCCAUUCAAUUAUUUAUGAUCUACUGGUGACCAGCGAUGGCUCAAAACAUAUGUUCAUUAGUCAAGAAUCGGAUUUGUUUGCACCGAUUGGUAGCCAUCAAUGGUUCCCAUUGUCUGCUAUUCAACCAAAGACUUAUAGCUAAUCACACGAGUCAUGCCUCGGCACAAGUGACGGCACAACCAGUUAAACGGGAAUUGGAUACCAAUUUCGACAACACGUCGGAAGCGUUUAAAAGUAAGACAACUGCAGAACUGAUCCGAGCCUUAGUUGUCCUCAAGUUGUGCUCAUUUGAUAUCAUUGUCAACAAUCACCCCAAGUUUGUGGCCGGAGAGGACGAGGUGUCCAUUCGUCCCAUUUUAGACCACUUGCGCUCCUUUGGGGUGAAGUCUAUACUGGACUACAGUGCCGAAGAGGACAUCUCUGAAGAACAGGUCAUCGACACUGAAAUGCCUUCCCAGGAAUCAAAACCGGAUAACAAUUCUGAUAACACGACAAAAGACCCUCUAAAGCAAUAUUCGGCACAAAAGGAGUUUGCGGAUCGGCGUAAGUACCGACCCGUCGCGCGAACCUAUUUCUAUAUGAAUGAAGCCAAUUGUGAGAAGAAUAUGACCACUUUCCUCAAGUGUAUCGACGCCGUGGCCGGUGCUACACAUCACACAGGCUUUGCUGCCAUUAAGUUGACCGCAUUAGGGCGUCCCGUAUUAUUGUCGCAGUUAUCGGAAGUGAUCGCCAGAACCCGAGACUACUUCACGAGCAUAACAGGCGUGGAGAAGAUGGUUCGGGGACACAUCACACCCGAGGAGUUCCAGAAGCAUUUGGACCAGAGAUUCAGAAUCAAGACCGACAACCAGGACAUAAAGAAUUGGUUCAAACAAAUGGAUUACGACAGGAGAGGACUGAUGAACCUGUUCUCGUGGAACGGACUCAUAGAUCUGCAGCACUUAAUCAACGAUCUCUUCCAAGUGCCGAAUCUGACGACCGGACUGAUGAACCUGUUCUCGUGGAACGGACUCAUAGAUCUGCAGCACUUAAUCAACGAUCUCUUCCAAGUGCCGAAUCUGACGACCGGUCGCUUCGAACCCAUAAUCAACGCCUUGACCCCCGAAGAGGAGGAGAUGUUCAGGAAUAUGAUGAGACGGAUCCACACCAUCGCCAGCACUGCCAGAGAUAGGGACGUCCGGGUGCUUAUAGACGCCGAGCAGACAUACUUCCAACCGGCCAUCAAUCGGAUUACUAUGGAAUUGAUGCGCAAAUAUAACAAAGAAAAGGCUAUUAUAUUCAACACAUACCAGUGCUAUCUUAAAGUGGGUGAUACUUGGAGUGCCCACGAGUGUUGUGUCGUAGACCUGGAACUGGCGCAGAGGCAGAACUUCUACUUCGGGGCUAAACUGGUUCGCGGGGCGUAUAUGGAACAGGAGAGGGAAAGGGCUAAACUGGUCGGCUAUGAGGACCCCAUCAACGAUACCUACGAACUCACGACUGCUAUGUAUCACAAGAAUCUGGAAUUCUUUAUGAGAAAAAUCAUUGAAUCCGGGAUCGAGAACAAGAAGAUUGCAAUUAUGGUCGCAUCACAUAAUGAGGACACCGUCCGAUUCACUGUUGAUAAAAUGAAAGAACUGGGAAUUGGAAGACAGCAUAAAGUGAUAUGUUUUGGACAGUUGUACGGAAUGUGCGAUCAAAUCAGUUUCUCUUUGGGUCAAACGGGAUAUUCUGUGUACAAAUACGUGCCGUACGGACCGGUGGAUGAGGUGAUCCCAUACCUGUCUCGUCGUGCGGUCGAGAAUCACGGGAUCAUUAAAAACGCGAAGAAAGAGAGACGACUUCUCUCUAAGGAAUUGAUUCGUCGCUUAAGAAGUGGUGAUGUCUUUCACACACCGCCUCAACACCACUGUAUGGGUGACCCAAUCGUCUACAACACAACACUUUCCACAUAUGGAGACCACAGACCUCUUUGGCCGGUGUUUGGAGAAUACAUAUUCGUUCCCAAACAGCGAUGGCUUCACAACAUUGAACACGGGGCAGUUGUCAUGUUAUACCAUCCCUGUGCUAACAAAGUAAUGGUGUCUCGAUUGCGAGCACUGGUCACCAGUUGUAUGCGAAAGCAUGUCAUCACUGCUUAUAAUUUGAUGGACAGUGAGAGACCACUGGCUCUGAUCGCAUGGGGCUGUCGGUUGACCAUGAAUACAGUGGAUACGGAUACUGUCGUUUCAUUCAUUAAAAGAAAAUCAAUGAAAGGUCCGGAGGGUCCCUACCCUAAGGAGGGUCAAUACAAACACCUAUUAGUGAAGUUGGCUGAACCCCCGCACGGCUCGGACUAUAAUGACUCCAAAAUAUGUCCUCAUUUUUAAACCUAAAACUGAUAUUAUUUUUUAUAAAUUAUUGAUUUUAUUAUUAAUUCUAAUUAGAAAUGUUGUUUCAAAUAUUUAAACCAAACUUAUGGCCAAAACUCAUGUGAUU